CCUGCUGCGGCUGUGCUCACCAAGCGAUGCCCCGCCGACCCGGCGUUUACUUCUUGUCUUCUGGAGGCGCCGGCAGUGGCUCGGGCAGAGCCUUGGGCGAGGGCUCGGGCUCCCAGAGCAGGAAUUCGUGGAGCAGCGUGUUGACUGUCUCGGGGCAUUCCAGCAUCACCAUGUGACUGCCCUCGUCGAUGAGCUUCAGGAAUGCCAGGAGCAGGAUCUGCAGAAGACGCGGGGCUCAGGGGUUGGGCGCUUCUGGGCUCCGGAAUCGCCGGCGGCCGGGCCUGCCGGACCCACUGAGGAUAUGGCUCUCUUGGCUGCAUCCCUGUUGGGCCCCACGAGUAGGUCGGCAGCGUUGCUGGGUGGCAGGUGGCUCCAGCCCCGGGCCUGGCUGGGGUUCCCGGACGCCUGGGGCCUCCCCACCCCACAGCAGGCCCGGGGCAAGACUCGCGGAAACGAGUAUCAGCCGAGCAACAUCAAACGGAAGAACAAGCACGGCUGGGUCCGGCGCCUGAGCACGCCGGCCGGCGUCCAGGUCAUCCUUCGCCGAAUGCUCAAGGGCCGCAAGUCGCUGAGCCAUUGAGGAUCGCGAUGCUGUCGGCGGGACCCCCAUUGAAGCAUCGCCCUCACCUCGCGACCUUGCCUGGCGCUGUUUUUGCAGGGAGCUGGGGAGCAGGAACGCCUCGGACUUGAGUGCUCUCCGUAUUGUGGGGUUGAAGGCUGCAUGGGAGCUUGCCAAGUCCCUUUUUAGGCUUUUUAGGAAGCCUAAAUUAGGAAGCAUUUCGAACCUGCGCAACAGACCGAAGAACAGUACAACGAACCUCCUUGUACCCAGUACACAGCCCUGACUACCGACCACCUACAACCCGUCCCUGCCCCAUCCUUGGUUCUUUUGAAGCUGAUCUCAGGCAUCGGAUGAUUUCUUCUAUAAAUAUUUCUUGUAUCUCGGAGAGAAUGUAUCUCUCCAAGAUGAGAGCUCAUUAAAAUAUAAUUACAAAGCGUAUC